GUGUUUUUACUGUUUUUUUUUUUUUUUAAUUUUCUUUGUUGUUUAUUCAGUAACUAUAAACAGCCUGUGACUAUUGAUUUUCUGUAGCUCAUCUAAUGACAAUUUUUUUUUUCAAUAUGCUUGAUUCAUGUGGUUUUUCACCAGAUGUUUAUGGAGUGACUGUGGCAGCUGGGAGCUGGGGGAGGGGAUGAUCUGGGGGCUGAGACUCCCUUUCCCCUCCCACCUCCUCUUCUCUCCAUCUGUACCUACCUUCCCCUCUCCCCUGCCAGCUUUGCUGUCUCCUGCCUUUGCUAGGGACCACCCCCUGCAUCUCCAUUCCUGCAAAUAUGUCUCCAUCUCCUUUCCCCUCCUGCCCCCAUGGGACCUCCCAGUUCCCAGGCAAGACUGAGCAUGAAGCCUCUGACCACUGGGGCCAGCAGGUUAGGGUUCUGAUCAGAACUCCCCUAACUCUGUCACUCGCCUUCCAGCCUGUGCUUGUCUUGGGUGAGAAGGAGAAACUUCAGGCUGGGGAGAGAGAGGAGAAAUAUUGUUAACGAACCCACAGAGGGGUUCACUGUUGCUCACCACACAGAAAGCCAAUUACCGAGACAAUGACGAUUGUCAAAGAAGCAAGGAUUUAUUGCAGGAGAUGAGUCAGCUGGGAGGUGGGUAUCGACUGCCUCAAAUGUGCCUCCCUGACCAACAGGGUCAGGACUUUUUUCUAGAGGUGAAACGAAUAAUGCACGAGGAGGGUGAACGUCAUUACAUGUUUGGGGUGGAGUGCAGGUCAUGCAAGCGCAGUUGAGAAAUCAUGCUAGUACAUACAUCCCAUGAUCAAAAUAUGGAGGAUAGGUCCCUCCCCGGGUGGGGAUCUUGGUAGUAUAAUGAGCUAGGGGUUAAUAUUGGUUAUUCUUUCAGCCUUGUGCACAGGUGGGACACAGGCAGUAGGUUGCUCAGCAGUACCUUGGGCACAAUCUGUGGUGGGUGUUGUUUAUCCUGCCUUCUGGACAAACAGGUGGUGUGAGGCUUUGUAGUUAUCUCCUGGCUGCAAGGAGGCUUCAUGGUUUCUCAAAAGGGAAUUCGAAAGGAAAUUAAUCAGUGAAACAGAAAGUUACAAAGUCCUGGUCAGCAAAUCUUACUAACCCGGGGAAUUUGAAACAGAAGAGAACAACAACAACAAAAAACCCCCACAACACUAUGAAAAAAAGUUUUCUUGCUUAUGGAGCCAGUUACAAUAUUUCACCAUAGUUUCCUUCUCCACUUUCUCAGCUCCCCGCCCCUCCCAGUGGGAGGAGGCGGCCUGACAGGGGGAAGAGGUUGGGUCCAGGGGAGCCCAGCCGAGUCUCCGGAGCCCUGGUCCAGUCCCAGGGCUGAGGCCCCUCCAGGCCCAGAUGCAGAGCCUGCCACUGCAGGGUCCCGCAUAGGCUCCCUGUUCCUCCCCAGGCCGCCUGCUUCCCGAGGGAGGCCUGUGCCUUCCCCGGCAAUUCAUCCCACGCAGCGGGGUGGCUGCACUGGACCCCCCCCCAGCUCUGGUUCCCUGUCCCUGGGGCUUUCCAGCUCCCUCACAUCCCUCCCUGCACCCCAGCCCAAGAAGAGGACCCAUGGCCUGGGGGGCCACAUGCCUGCUAUGGCCUGUCCUGCUAGUGCUCCUGGCCUCAGCUUCCUGGGCACAGAAGGUAGAGAUUCUGUCUGCCGUGGAGGGUGAGACCGUCUCUGUGAUUUGCCCAUACCAGCAAUCCCAACGUCGCCAGGGGAAAAGCUGGUGCAGGUGGACAGGAAACAAGUCAUGUGUAAUAGUCGUGGCCAGUCCCAUGACAGUGGCUCCGGAGCCUCGCUUUUCCAUCCAGGACAAUGUCUCCUCUGGCGUCUUCACUGUCACCAUGACUGAGCUCAGGGUAAAGGACUCGGGGUUCUAUUCGUGUGGAAUCUACAACCGUCAUGGGAUCUUUAUUACCUCAUACCACCGUCUGGUGGUAUCUCAAGCCUCAACACCACCCACCACCAGGAGCACCAGGAGCACCAGGAGGACAACGGUGCUGGCCUCUGCCACCAGCCCUGUCACUGAGAGCCUCCCGGACGACCAGAAGUUCAUCAUCCUGGGCGUGGUGGUGGCUGUCCUGCUGCUGCUGGUGCUGACGCUUGUCCUCAUCUUGGUCCUGUACCUCAGGAAAGCCCGAGCAAGAGCCGGGAAAGAUGAGGAGGACUCCCACCACAUCUACGAUGACCUUUCAGUCCAGAAGGAGGAGACCACUGGCUUUGCUCAGCAGAUGGGCUCUGGUGAGGACACUGGGAAUAUCUGCUAUGCCUCACUCAUCCACCUAAACCACGCCAGCCCUGAGGACUCCAUCUAUGCCAACACCCUCCCCAAUCUGCAGCCCAUGCCUGACCCCAUUCUGUCUGUGGAAUAUGCCAGCAUCACUAGAAGUGGACCUCGGUCCUCCAAGUCAGCUGCCCUAGAGGAGGGGCCUGGGAACUGAAGGCAGAAUUCACUGGGCAGUGAGCAUUUAUCUCAUGCUCACAUGGGGCAGAGCUGCUCUACCAGCAACGGGCGACUUCCAUGUGCAAAGACAGCUACCAACUAGCGGGGGCCAUGCCCUCCUGCAAGGGCGAUGAGGAAAGGGGAGCAAAGGAAAGGAAAGUCCUUAUCAAUCAGAGGGUGGCAGCUUUGAGUCUGAGGGCUGAGACUCGAUAGUGGGGAACUUCUGAACAGCUGUCCUCUCCUCUCCCCAGGAUCCACCAAGGCAGAGUCCAGCUAGAUAGGGGCCUGGCACCCCGUGCCUCUGAGUAACCCAACUUACCUCCCUCUGUGGCCAUCACUUCCUUCCUGACCAGGGGCUAUGAAAUGCUGAUGAAUUGCGCAAGUUCCCCAACUGGUGGCUCUCUCCUUGAGUGUCCCUGUCUAACUGUCCUCUCAGGUCCUCUAAGCAGGCUGGGAAGUUCUGGACACUUCCCACCCCCCAGACCUGCCCACUGCUCUCCUUUCUGGCCUCCUGAUCUGAACACCCCUUCUACUCAUGAAAUUCUCACAACCCUGCCAGGAGGAACACUGGGGUGCGGGCAGGGUGCAUAGCUCAGGAGGCUCCUGGCCCUAUCCCUGGCUCUUGCCGGGCAGAAUGUGGCAGGGGAGCUUCCUUCCCUGUGAGAGCCACACAGCUCCAUCAGAACUGGCGUGAGCUCGUCUGCCUUCCACAGAAUCCAUCCUCCUCUCUGCUGACUGCAUCUUAGGCAAGCAGAGUGGCCUGGGGGAUGCCUCCUGCCUGGUCUAAGUGCAUUCCAAAAGACCCUUCUGGAAACAGGGUUCCUUUUACAUGAUGCACUCCCAAGAAGUGACUUUGAAUUCUGGGAACUCCAGGUCAGGUGAGUGGAAGGGUGAUGUCCUAGCUCACCAUGGGGAAGGACGAUUGCUUAUAAUUGCGGAUUCGUCGCUUCUCAACAGUGACCAUAAAGGUCACUGCCGAUGCAAUGCCCCAGCCCUCUCUAUGAACCUCAAUGAGGAGUCGCAGAGUCAGAGCACAGGGGACUCACCGUCUCCUGCUUAGGGAGCUGGUUUGUGAAUGUUUCUGCCAAACAGGACCUGGCUUGCCUGCAGUCACCAUGAGCUAUCAGCCUUGCCCACACAUGGGUCACAGGUCAGGCUGCAUCAUGGCCAGAAAGAGAGUGAAGGUUGGAGAGGAGUGGGUGGGUGGGCGGUUUGGGGUCUGGUGGGCCAGUCUUCAAGAAUAUGAGCUCUUCCUACAGGAGGGAGCCAGCUAAGUUCCUGUCACUUCUGACUGUGACACCUCUGCUGCCAGCAUCCACCUCCCAGGGUGCCAGUGUCAAGGAUGUGGUUCUGUCCCCAACUGUGGCUCCAUGGGGACACAAACUGCGCAGGCCUGUGGGGCCAGGCACUCAGGUUGAGGGAGACAGGGAGCAGGGAAGGAGAGCGAUGCUCUGGGUGUCACCCUGGCUCCUGAGGUCUCUGCCCCAGCGUUCCAGAUCUGACUGCUAGAGGCUGGGCAAUGGCUGCACCCUGACCUCCCACCCAACCUGGCCUUGCUUUGAGAAGGUCACUGGCAUUGACCUGUGGCCUCAUUUGACCUCUGGUCCUUCAUAACUCCAGGCUCUGACAGUGCCUCUGCUUUUGGUCUAUAUUUUAGACGAGGUGCCCACUGGGGAGCAGUGUGUGCUUCACCAUGUGCUCCUCAACCUGGGCUUCCUGCCUGCACUGGUCUGGCUGCAGCACUAGGAGCCAUCCAGGGGGCCAGGUUCCUCGCAAACUGUCAAAACCCAACGGAUUCGCCGGGCCUAGAGCUCCUAGAGUUAUGACUGGUCUGUAUUCAUUAGGCAAGCUUUCACAGGUGCCCGCUGCCUGCCAGUCACUGUGUUUAGGCUUGAGGAUACAGAGAUUAAUUCUAGUAAGCUGACAUUUAUGGAGUGCUUGUUAUGGGCCAUAUUUCACAGAAUAAUGGCUCAGACAUCUCUGUAAGAUCAGUACUUUCCCUCAUUUUUACAGAUGGAGAAAUUGAGGCACAGAGAGGUUAAGUAACUUCUCAAAGUCACACAGCUAGUAAAUGGUAGAUUCUAUACUCUGAAGUUUUAA